GUACCCAAACCGUAAAUCGUGUUGAUGUUUCGGAAGGGACUGUUUCGUUUGUUUCCGUGCAACGGCAUACCGACAGAGAAGGACCAAAUUGAAUAAGUUACUUAUUAAAACUUAUUUAAACAAUACGUAUACCUCAAUCUAAUUAGGUGUGAAAGUGGAACUGUGUACCGUUUGCCUGUAAUUAGAGGCCUAAACUGUUAACUAUGACAAUUCUGCCGAAGAAGCCGAGCUCUUCGGUCGGCACGUCGGAUCACCCCGAUGAGGCGGACCGUCGAACGUGUUCUGACUCCCAUCAGCGGGGAGGCCGGGCAGGGGUUAGGACCAGAACAUCUCCGCCGUCCUGGUCCUACCAAACCGUGCCUCCCUCUAACCCCCGACCCCAGCAGGCCUCUCCCCAGCCGGUUGGAGCAGGGUCGCCAACGAGGGCUGGUGACUCUAGUGGCAGCAGCGGGGUGGCAGGUGUCGUUGGGGGACUGUCCGGCAGCGGAGGGCCUGGAGGUUGCUGCUCCGGACCCGGGCUCAGCAAAAGACGGAGACAGGCUGUCUGUCCGACCGGCAUUUCCACCGUUGGAGUGGCUGGACCUACUGUGGGUAGUGGAGGUCCUGACACGGAGGAGGGGGCAGGCAACAACAGCGAGGACGAGUACGAAAACGCCUCCAGGCUACAAAGUAUUGACCCCACAGCAGCCGAACAGCAGGAGCGAUGGUUUGAGAAAACACUGCGUGAAAAGAAAGGGUUUAUCAUCAAGAAGAUGAAAGAGGACGGAGCCUGUCUGUUCCGAGCCGUCGCUGAUCAAGUGUACGGGGACCAAGAUGUGCACGAUCUGGUCAGGAAACACUGUAUGGACUACCUGGUGAAAAAUGCAGACUAUUUCUCGCGCUUUGUGACAGAAGACUUCACUACCUACAUCAACCGGAAACGGAAAAGCGACUGUCAUGGCAACCAUGUUGAGAUGCAGGCAAUGGCAGAAAUGUACAACCGACCAGUAGAAGUUUACCAGUAUGGGACAGAGCCAAUCAACACAUUCCAUAGCUUUCAUCAGAACAAUGAUGAGCCAAUCAGAGUUAGCUACCACCGUGCUAGUCACUACAACUCAGUGGUGAACCCUGCCAAGGCCACCAUAGGUGUGGGCCUUGGGCUGCCGGCCUUCAAGCCUGGAUACGCAGAUCAGUCCUUGAUGAAGAGCGCCAUCCGGUGCUCUGAGGACUCCUGGAUAGAGCAACAGAUGCUGGAGGACAAAAAGAGGGCUACGGACUGGGAGGCCACCAAUGAGGCCAUAGAGGAGCAGGUGGCACGGGAGUCCUAUCUGCAGUGGCUUCGGGACCAGGAGAGACGCUCGCGGCAGCCCCAGAAAGCCAGCGCCACCUGCAGCUCGGCAACGGCAGCCGCAUGCGGCGGAGCCGAAGAGCGGAGUGGGAGGUGCCUCCACCGGCACAGCUCAGACCUCUCGCCUGAGAGCCCGAGCUCCGUCCGUCCUCAUACAUCUGCAGAGCUGCCCCCCCAGGCAGGGCCGGGCCUUGUUCUUUCUAAUCCUUCCUCUCCCUGUGCGCCAGGUCCUAGCAACCAGUCCUCUGAGGGACCAGACAGAUCCAAGUCCCCUUCCCUAGUGACUCUGUACCCCACGUUGGGGUAUCAAGCACUCAUGAAGGAAAUGUCACCCACGGUCUUUGGCCUAACCGACUGGGAGGACGAUGCGAUCCUGGCCUCCGUGCUGGCUGCGUCCCAGCAGGAGUACCUGGACAGCAUGAAGAAGGGUGGGGCGCACAGCGGGGCCUCCCCAGACCUUAGCUGAUGUUCUUUCCUCUCCUCUCCUCCGUCCCACCACAACAUGCCUGUAUGACUUUGUAAUGCUCUGUAAAGUAGAAAACAUUGUUUGGAUGCAUGUUCAAAUAAAAACAUCAUCAUACUGAA